AUGGAGAAUGUGGACGACUGCUUCCGGAAAGUGAUCAUUCCAGCCACUCCUCGACAAGACGGUGCUGGUGCUUCUGGGACUGCAUCUAAUACUGAGGGACGACACGAACCUACGAUUCUGCUGGACGAGCAACGGGAGUGGUACGCCGAACUCCACGGCCCGGGACCGUCAUCGAGCGCAUGGAACCUGUUGUGGCCGACGACGUUGGCGAACUUCGUGGGGAGCGGAGCCAAUGCAAAUCGCGUGCCGUUGCACAACGGCGUCGAAUCACGCCAAGGCGGCGAGCACAAUUAUCUCGGAGGUGUCUUCGUCUUAGACGGCAAUGGGCGGGAAGUUUGGAGACACAAGGAGACUCGCUUUGGAGAUAUAGCCGACACUGACCGCUUAGAAGAAGCCAUGCGGGAAGCACUGCAGGCAUAGAGAUUGACCGACCGAAGCAGCUCUCCGUUAGCGUCACGGCAAACAGGAACGGGCAAAUGUCAGCUUCUUUGUGUGUCGAAAAUUAAUGAGUUCUCGUUCUACAGUUUUUAAGGUCAUCUUGUUCUUCUGGAAGACCCUCUCCAUUAUUGACUUUUUCCGUAUCUGGGCAGGACUUGAGAGGUUACAACAUGGGGCAGCUGAUGAAUGCAUCGACAUUGCUAACAAGCUGGUGGAAGUUUUGGAUCAACAUCACAUAUCGCUAUUUAGCAAUAAAAUAUCUAUGUGACCCUCAGUAUGACAAAUGCUGAGGUGAUUUCAAGAUCAUAAACAAAAAUAUUGGAGACGUUCUUGUUUGACGGAAUAAUAGUGUGAUCCGAUUAUGUCCGCGGACUUGAUGUAAAAGCUCGACGCAAUAUCCAGCUUCCCCGAACCACAAUUCCAACAGCUGCCGAACGCGCUGGCGAUGAACAAUAGGAUAACUCAGUGUUGUCAUCAGUUUUCAAGUACAGUCGUGUUGCUGUUUUCAGCAUUCGCAUAAGAGCAAUCACUGAGAAAAGAAGUUCGAGGCGGACUGGAACUAGUGUGCCCCUUACGAGAGGGCUCAGGCUGUGGCUGCAUGACUAGAAACAGUCUUUCUUAUAAGAUUUGAAUGUUUUUGAGGUCAGUCAGUAGGCACGGUAAAAGUUCCAGGUUAUAGUAUCUGUUCAGUCAUCGUUGACGUACAAAUUCGGUAGCGUUUUUAUACACGUGGAACGCUGGAGCAAAAUUGUAACUGCUCAUGUUCAGAACAAGUGUUUG